UUAUCGUCCGCGGGUCAACUUCCCGUCCCUCUGUGGUUCCACAACACGCUGCGUAGUGAAAACCUAUCUGCAAAUUUGGUGACAUGAGUGCUGAUAAUUCUGGUGGAAACGUGACUGUUCCUUUGCGAAACCUAUUGAACUCCAUCCAGUGUAUCAGAGACCGAGCCAGAGAUGGAGAAUCCAACGAGUCAGAUGGAGCGUUUAACCUCUACAACUUCUGGGGCACUCUGAACCAGGCAGUGAAGGCAGUAUCCCAGGAAGCCACUAAGCUGAGCCUGGCCUUUUCCAAACCCCCUCUGCCGUCACAACAGGAUGGAGAGAAGUUGUCAGAGUCCAUCCUAAAGAGUGUCCUGACUCUAUCUACAGUGUAUUACUGGCUACCUAAGAGCCAAGGGGUGAGUCUGCGUCGGCAGGUCAGAGACGCCACAGUCGAGGUUCUGGAUGGAGUCAUUCAGCUGCUGGAGGUCAUACUGAGCUCACCGCUGCAAAGUCUGAGCCAGGAUCAGCUGACGUCAACAGGAGGAGUGUGGUCGGCCUGUGAUCAGUUCGCUCAGCUGCCGCAAGAUAAUAAGGCAGCAGUGCUGGUGGUUCUGUCCUCUCAGAUUGCAGUUGUAAAAGACGCCAUAGAGGAAAUUGAACAGGCGUUAUCUGAGGCCGAGGAUCCAUUCAACGACGUACUCGAUGAUGACCAGGAAGAGGAGAAUCCUCGGGGCAACCAGGACACGUACUGGUCAGAACAGGACCGCCGAGUGAUUGCACCAUGUCAGGGUCUGGUGAAAGCGUCAACGGCGUGUCUGAGGAAACUGACGUUGGCCGUCAAAACUAACGGCAACUCAGGCUCGCCCCAGAAUGUGGCUCAGCUUGACGACUUGGCCGACAUCAGCAAGGAAAUCAGUCCUGGCGUUGAUGAUCUGGCCCUCUGCCUGUACCCGCCCAUGGACUACAGUGGAGUAGAAAACAAUGUAUCUAAACUGGCAGCACUUUUAAAGAAAUUUCUGGAGAUUAUCAGGUCCAGUCAUGUGUGCAGAGAACCAGAGCUGACCUGGGUUCAGUUCUUAGAGGGAGCCGUCGACCACAACCUGCAGAAAGCCAAAGACCUCAUUCAGCAGGACAGCUAGUGCUUUUAUGUGGUGGUGUAAGGAAUGAAUGUAGUGUUUGUGUGUGCGCGCAAAAACAUAAAUGCAUGGACUUAAAUGAACUCUCCCACAAAAGCAAGCAUCAUUAUGUAACUGCUUAUAUUAAUCCUGUUUGGUAGCUACAGUUAUAAAGACAUUCGACUGCUUGUCAAACACACAACUUGCCUUUUAACUGCUGUGUCACAACCUAUCGAAGAGGUUUAAUAAAUCAAGUGAAUGAUCCUGAUUAAAGUGUUGGGCCAUGAAGACUAAAUGAGUUUCAUCAUUUUAUAUCCUGUCUCAAAGAACCAGUGUUAAAUAUUACACCAUACAAAGCAAAAUUAUGUUUAGGGUGAACACAAGACACCAACUCCACUUUCCUUCUGUUAGCUCGGUGUGGUGACCGAUGUUUGCUGCAGCCAAGAACUCGGGAGAAAACGAUAUUUCUGUCAGAGACAACAGAUUGCCUCUAAUGCAGGUAAAGCCUGAAAUCUACCCUGAGCAGGACCGGGCUGGUCUCAAGCGAUACAGCACACUGUGAUUUACUGAUUUAUCUGCUCUUUUAUGAAUAAAAAUGUAAUGGAAAUAAACACGUCAAGAACA